AAGCAGCCCGCCAAGACCCAGAGACGGCCCGGCCCCUGCUGCUGCAGCCUGACCAGCCCCUAAAACACUGAAGGAGAACAGGAAAGGCUGCUCCCCCAUCCCCGUCACCCCCAGCGUGCCUGCCUGAGGAGGAGCGGCCGCCCACCACGCCUGGGACGCCCCCGCAGGACACCACCACCCGAGGCCAGGCUCUGCGGGGCCGCCGCUCAGGUAACACCACCACUCAGUUCCAGGUCCUCUCCAGUGAUGGCGUCGCGGCUGCCGGCAGUGUCCGGGCUGUACAACUACGCCCGGCUGGCCACCAACACCACAUCCUACAACAAGCGCAUGACCAGACUCAGCAACAACAUCUUCGGGGAGGUGGUGCGCCCAACCUCCAAGACGUCGCUGCGAGUGGUCAACAUGUUCAGCCAGAAGCCCCUCGACCUGCGACCUGAGAUCACGGACUACUACCCUCGCCACUACGAGACGCACAACCUCAUGAUGACCCUCAGGAAGUAUGGGCUGUACCGGGACGAGCACCAGGACUUCAAGGAGGAGAUGGUCCGCCUCCGAAAGCUGCGAGGGAAGGGGAAGCCGAAGAAGGGUGAGGGAAAGCGCUCCAAGAAGUGAUGGACCCGGCGCCGCAACCCUGUCUGGCCACCUUGUAAAUAAAUAAAUAAAUAAAUAAGUACUGUGA